AUGUUCAAUCUUUUUCUUUCCUUGAUUCUUGCUCUCUACUAUGUACCCAUCUGUUCAGCACAUCCACUGGAGGCUCGAGAGGUUGGCACCACACCGUUCAACCUGUAUGCUUACGGUACCAACAUCAAUGGACUUCGCGUUUUCUAUGCAGACGGAGAAGCGCAACUCGGGGAUAUGUCGUUGUCAAGCGCCACCAACAAGAUCGCGAUUUCUGUCACAUAUGGGACUAAGAAGAACACAUGGAUCGCUCGACCACAAACCUCCACAGGAAACGCCCUCUUCAAGAGCGGUGACGGAUCCUCGAAUUCUACCUUACUGGGCCUGAGCUCAGGCACUGCGAUAGCAAAUCCCGUUACUUUCCCACUGUAUGAUGAGGCGUCCGGGUCAGAAAUUAGCCCAGCCGGUGACCUCACUGCCGUGUGGUCCCUAUAUGGCACUUACGUUAUACUUACCGAGACUGGUGCCAACUUUUACGCCAAGCCAACCGGAAAAGAUGGUUGGUAUAUUCUGCUGUGGAGUAGGUCUGUCUCAGCCUCUGUUGACUAUAUUCCGAUCACCUUGACAAUCAACGCACCAUCGGCUGGAAAUACCUAG